AUGUCUAUUGAAACAAAAAAUCACGAACUUACCGAGGAGAAAAUUAGUGAUACGAAGAUAGUUCCAAUUGAUGUAGAAGUUAAUCAGCAGAAUGAUAAAACGAUGGAUAAGGAUAUGCCCAUUGAGAACACUUGUUCUGUAGAUAAUAUUUCGAAUAAAAUGGACUCUGAAGAUGAAAUCACUGCUGGAAAGGAUGAUGUAAAGUGCGGGUACCGUGUUUUAAAAGAUCCUGAUUGGGUAAAAGAAUGUAAUUGGAGAUCAUUACCAAAUAAUGGAGUUGACGAAGCGGUUAAAGAAUUCAUGACAUGUAAAAUACAUGAUCCGAAGAUGCCCAAAACACCGAGGUAUAGACCAACUCCGAGAUUUCUUAAUUUCCCCAUCACAUUCGAACCAUCGAAUCCGGUAUUCAAAUCAAAAGUAAACAAUGAUCCAAAGGCCUAACCUAACUUCACUGUGCAUUUUAUAUACCUAAUGAUAUUUCCGCCAUAAAGUUCUCAGUAUUUAUCAUUUUGUAAUUGAUUUUUUUUUUUUUUUUUUUUUAAUUUAAAUGAAAUGUUUUGUUUCCAUAUGAUUUCCAUAAUUUACUAGAUAAUUGUACAAUUGAAUUCACUCAGCUUAUAAUAUAAUACAAGUACACAAUAAAAUGUGUAUGUAUAAUAAGUACAAAUCUAGAAUCUUAAGUAAAUUUAGUUUGAACUUUUUUGUAUUUUUAUUC